UCUUCCCACCACCAAAUCACAAACCAUUCCAUCAGAUCAAAUCCCAGCCGUUUAAUUUGAUCAUCCCAAAGAUGUUUGAGAUUAUUCAGGCGGUUUUCGCUGCCGGGGCUGCACUAGCUCUUUUGACAUUCUCCGCUAUAACCCUCGGUGGCUCAGUGGUCGCAUUUGCCAUAAGCACACCACUUUUUGUCGUUUUCAGUCCCGUUCUCGUGCCAGCGACUAUAGCCACUACAUUGCUAGCUUCAGGUUUCACAGCCUCCGGUUCCUUUGGUGCCACGGCUUUCUCCAUCCUUGCGUGGAUCUACAAGAGACGUACAGGGAGGGACCUGCCAAAAAUUCCAGGAUUGACGCCACCCGCGGCUCCGGCGUCUAAUCCAGCAGGCUCCGGCGUCUAAUCCUGCAGAAUCGGGGAAAUACGAUUUGGCGUUUCCUAAUUUGGGAUGAUGUAGGGAGGAACUUGAUCAUACUUAAUUACUGGGGUUCCAUAAAUAAAAUAAAGAUUUAUCCAUCCUCUCUUUUAUUAAAUACUAGUUACCCCCGGAUAUUUCCAAUAUCAUUCCAUUGAUGUAUAUCGUGUGUUACAAAAAGUAUAAUAAAUGUAAUCGUUUUUCUUGUACUUUUUUAAUGAAGUAAUAUCAAUGAGAUUACCAUAGAUGGAUUUUGGGA